CUCCACUAUAUAUUUGGGCGCCCCAGUUCAGUUUAGGAGCCAAGUUAAACAACUUCGUCAACUUCUUCUCUUGCUCAUAGAAACCAUCUAUAACAAUUAUCAGUACCAUGCCUGUCAACUGUGUUGCACCAAAACCAGAGUAUGAGAGCAAAGCCCCAGGAGAAAGUCUGUCAGGGAAGAAUGAACCAAGUAAUGUGGCUGUGAUUGCCUACCCACUACCACCUGAGACACAAUCUGUCAUCCAACUCAGAGUAUUUCCCAUAGCUUUGAAGUUUGAGGAGGUGGUCUACAAAGUUAAACGGGAAGAGAAAGGAUCAUGCUGGGGAGGUACAUGGAACGGUAAAGAGAAAACUAUACUGAACGGGAUUUCAGGAAUGGUUUGCCCUGGAGAGAUCCUAGCUAUGUUAGGCCCAUCAGGCAGUGGUAAAACCACCCUCCUCACAGCCCUCGGAGGCCGGCUCAAUGGUAAAUUGUCAGGAAAGAUCACAUACAACGGGCAGCCGUUUUCUGGCGUCAUAAAGCGACGCACAGGGUUUGUAGCCCAAGAUGAUGUUUUGUACCCACAUCUAACUGUGAAUGAAACUCUCAUGUUCACUGCACUGUUAAGGCUUCCCAAAACCUUAACUUGGGAAGAGAAAGCCCAGCAUGUAGAACAGGUGAUCAUUGAGUUGGGAUUGACUCGCUGCAGAAACAGCAUGAUAGGUGGCCCACUGUUUAGAGGAAUAUCAGGAGGAGAGAAGAAGAGGGUGAGCAUAGGACAAGAGAUGCUAAUCAACCCGAGCUUACUACUACUAGAUGAGCCUACAUCAGGUUUGGACUCAACCACAGCUCAGCGAAUUCUUACAACGAUCAAAAGGUUAGCUGAAGGGGGAAGAACAGUAGUUACCACCAUUCACCAGCCUUCAAGCCGAUUGUACCACAUGUUUGAUAAGGUAGUUUUGCUCUCUGAGGGAUCUCCAAUCUAUUAUGGUCCUGCCUCUGCUGCCUUGGAAUACUUCUCCUCCGUCGGUUUCUCAACAUCCAUGACUGUCAAUCCAUCUGAUCUCUUACUUGAUCUCGCCAAUGGUAUUGCUCCUGAUAGGAAUGGAGGUGAGCAAGGUGAGAACAUGGAAAAGGAACAGAAGCUGGUGAAGGAAACUCUAAUUUCUGCUUACGAGAGGAACAUUUCAACAACUCUAAAAGCGGAGCUUUGCAACCUGGAUGUCAAUAGGUUCAGCCACAUAAAAGAUACCCCUGCAACACGUAUAAAAUGUAUAGGAAAAAAUACCAAUUCAGAGGAGUGGUCUACAAGCUGGUGGCAUCAGUUCAAGGUGCUAUUUCAGAGGGGCUUGAGGGAGCGGCGGUUUGAAUCAUUCAACAGGCUGAGAAUUUUCCAAGUCAUCAGUGUUGCAGUACUUGGCGGGCUCCUCUGGUGGCAAACCCCGACAUCUCACAUUGGGGACCGAACGGCAUUGCUGUUCUUCUUCUCGGUAUUUUGGGGCUUCUACCCUCUCUACAAUGCAGUUUUCACAUUUCCCCAAGAAAGGAGAAUGUUGAUCAAGGAGCGGGCAUCUGGAAUGUAUCAUCUCUCGUCCUACUUUCUAGCCAGAACCUUCGGAGACCUGCCAUUGGACCUUGCACUCCCUACAGCAUUUGUUUUCAUAAUCUAUUGGAUGGGUGGGCUUAAACCUGAUCCCAUAACUUUCGUGCUGUCCCUGAUUGUGGUUCUCUACAGUGUCCUGGUCUCCCAAAGUCUAGGAUUAGCCAUUGGUGCUAUUGUUAUGGAGAUAAAACAAGCCACGACACUGGCAUCAGUUACAACUCUGGUCUUCCUCAUUGCUGGUGGUUACUACGUGCAACAAAUACCUCCAUUCAUUGUUUGGCUUAAGUACUUGAGCUACAGCUACUACUGCUACAAGCUUCUACUUGGAGUCCAAUACAAAGAAGAUGAUUACUAUGAGUGUUCCAAGGGAGUCCUGUGCCGGGUUGGAGAUUAUCCUGCGAUCAAAUCAAUGGGGCUGAACAAUUUGUGGAUGGAUGUGUGUGUUAUGGCCUUGAUGUUGGUAGGUUAUCGACUCAUUGCAUACUUUGCACUUCAUCGAGUACAGUUGAGGUGAAUUUAGCAAUGCUUUGCUUCUAGAAGAAAGACACUUUGAAGAGUUCUCUCGUCUUUCAACGGAGAAAUAAUGUUAGAUGUAGGCUGGGGACCAAGGUCUGAAGAUUUUGAUGAAUUUUUCCUCCCAGUUAAUGGAUGGUCAGACCUUCUGUCAUACUUGGAUCUCAUAAUCCUAACUUAGGCAUAUUGAUACCGGAAUAAGCAUAUAAGAUACGGAUGUAACAAGGACAUCUCAUGUUGCUGGUAAAGGAGGAAAAGCAUAAAGUGUUUGGACAUUGUCCUCCAACUAUUCUGUAGAACUGUUCUCUGAACAUUUGUUUUGAGGCAGGAAUUGUUCUCAAAGCCAAAAAGUCACUUUUUUACUCUAAUGGCUUCCAUUCGAUGCAUCAACAACAAAUUCACAGGAUAAAGGGGGCUGCCAUAAGGCCAGGAAGAUGGGCAGGACCAAGUAGAGAAAGAAGUAACUAAUUGGGAAUCAAUAGGUAAGCUGGAACAAUUGAUAGUGAUAGGCAGUAAACGGUCAAACAGAAAAGAAGC